CGAAUUUCCUCCACUAAGGCGCUGCAGUUUGCAACUCAUUCAAUUAGCCAUAUGCAUACAGAAUUCAGCUGUGCCUGCCCUUACUCCUCACCCGACCCAGCUUCCACAACUCCGACCGCCCUAAUUAAUAUGCUUCGUGUGCUACUCGCCUUUGGCCCAGCUGACUCGUUCCAGAUACGGCUGUGAACGCUGGGCUUUGUUUAGCGAAGUGGACCACUAGACCCUAGGGACAAUUCCUUUCUUCUGCGCUCUUCCCUGGUGCCUCUUCGGCCAGCAUGAAAUACCUGGACAUCCCCCCGCUUCAACGCCUGAACGCCUUCCUGAAGAGCGUGGAUGUGGGCGAGUAUGUCCUUAUGGGUGACCUGGAGGCCUACUCCUGCAAACUGGCGGGGCUGGAUAAGAAACUAUCCAAGUCUCUGGACGCUGAGGUGCAAACCGGCAGCUCGCCGCUGGAGCUCUCGGCGUCGCCUGUCGGGCCGCUUGCGGAGUCGUCCAGCCGCAAAACCCUGAUCUACCUGAUCCUGACCAUGAACCAUAUCUACCCGGACCACGACUUCAGCCUCCUCCGCGCGCACCAUUUCCAAAAGGAGGAGACAGUCAGCAAGGCGGAGGAGGCGAUUGACAGCCACUUGCUAGAGGUGUCCAAGGUGUGGGCCAAGACGCCCGGGUUGGGCGAGAGCCCCUUCCUGGAGUGCCUCUGGAGCUCCGUAGACGAGGCCAUUUUCCUCAAGGAGUGUGACGUGUACAGCUACAAAUCGGACCUGGAGACAGACCCCUUCGGCGAUGAGGCCAGCAUUUGGUCCUUCCACUACUUCUUUUACAACAAGAAGAUGAAGCGCAUCCUGUAUUUUGGCUGCCGCGCUGUCAGCAAGCAGGCGGCGGACGAGGCCACGGACACCUCGUCCAAGUACGACCGCUACAACCAGGACGACACAGACGACGACAGCGACCGCUACGGCAUGGCCACGGAGAUGGACGUUUGACAGGACGACAGGCCGGCGGCGGCCUGGUGGGUGGGCUGAGGAGCUGGGCUGAGGAACUGGGCGUGGCGUGUGCGCGGACGUGCAUGAGCAGCUGCAGCACAGGAGGCAGAGCUCUGGAGGAGGAGGAGGAGGAGGAGGAGGAGGAGGAGGCUGCGGUGCAGGGCAGGCAGAGACGGGGCGGCAUGCCCACGCUGCCUGCCCUGGGCUGCCGUCAGCAGCGGCGGCGGGAGGAGCAGCACGGCGUCAGGACCUGGCGCAGCAUGGCGCCUCGGCAGCAGCCCGGGUAGCAGCAGCCCGAGGAGAUGGCGGAUGGCAUGGAGGAGGACGGGGUGCUGAGGCGGGCGAGGCGGAGAGCUCCCGGCCGCGUGCACACCACGCGGGUACCCAGCGACCCGGUCACAGUCACACCGGUCGGGAACACUGCACAGAUGACGAUCAGCAUUGCAUACAUAUGAACUGUUUGGAAGCAAUAAAGCAGAUAGUGGGUCGACGUGGGGCUUGAUAGGAGAACGGCGUUGUGCCGGCCCUGACGGACGGGCGCUGCUAUGGACUUCCUGUCGAGCCAAGGGCGCCCACCGGGCGACUGGUCGCGGGAGGGCCGCACGCCUGCAGAACCGACCCAUUGCUAUUAAUUUUGAACGAACCCAUGGCAGGGGUUGCGUGUUGGGGCCUUCGGGUUGCCAGGUGCCCCAGUUGCUUAACUUGACGGUUGGCCGGAUGGGCGGAUGACUACCGGUGGCAGGCGCUUUGCCAACCACUUGCGCACACUGCGCCCGUGUGUGCGGCGGACAAAGCGUGUGUAAGCUCACAUGCCCGAGAGUGCGCACUGUCUUACUAGUAGGCGCGGCGUGGUGGGUUUUGGACGACGAGGGGUCCAUUUCUGUAAAGUUCGCUUAUAAUAGCCGUGCUGGCCACGAAUGGCCCUAACGAAUGGUCGCACCCGUGGAGGGCACUGUAACGGUCUCGAGCC